UUCCUGUGGUGUGGGUUCUUUCAAUACCCCCAUUUCACAGAUGAAGAAAUUGAGGCUUAGAGUUUUGUGCCUGGUUCUUUCACUGAGUACCACUGAGCACAGGUUUUCAGUACUUACUAGUACAGCAGGUAUCAGCACCUCAGUCUCUGCUGCAUACUAUCCCUCUGCCAGCUUUGCCUCCUUCCCUCCCCUCUUGCCCCUCACUCCUUCCCUCCCGCCCUUUGUUCAUCAGUCUUCUACUGCCCAUCACGAGGUCUGUGCUGACCAAAGCCGUCCCCUUUGUCUCCCUCAGGAUGGCAGGAUUGAGUUCUCUGAGUUCAUCCAGGCACUAUCGGUGACCUCAAGGGGGACCCUGGAUGAGAAGCUGCGGUGGGCCUUCAAGCUUUAUGACUUGGAUAACGAUGGCUACAUCACCAGAAACGAGAUGCUGGACAUAGUGGAUGCCAUUUACCAGAUGGUGGGGAACACCGUGGAGCUCCCAGAAGAAGAGAACACACCAGAGAAGAGAGUGGACCGGAUCUUCGCCAUGAUGGAUAAGAACGCUGACGGCAAGCUGACUCUUCAGGAGUUCCAGGAGGGCUCCAAGGCCGACCCUUCCAUCGUGCAGGCGCUGUCCCUCUACGAUGGGCUGGUAUAGUCCAGGCCCAGAGCUGUGAUGUGUGAGAACCACUAGCCUCUUCCUGUGCCAUGAGGCCACCGCAGCCUGACUCCGCCCCUGUGCCCACCCAGGCUUCCUCAGCUCCACAAAGCCCCGCCCUCGAGCCAGGCCCUGGUUCCCUUUCCCCCUGCCCUGCAUCCACCUGCCGCCUGAAGCCACUGGUUCCAAUCGUCAACAACCUCCGCUUGUCCAAAACAGCGACAAACUGAAACGGAAAGGCUCCAGCCCUCUGCAAAACUGAGCGCCUGGCUGUCUCCCUCAGCAGCCGCCCCGUUCUUCCUGCUGUCCGGCCUGUGUGCUUUCUUUUUUUUAUUUCAAACGGACAUUGUAAAAGAAAACAAACUACCUUCUGUUCUAAAAGAUACUGACCACUGGGAGAAGGCUUCUGAGUCUCAGAGACCUGAGUCUCUGCCUGGUCCCCUGCAGUGGUGGCCAGGGGCAGUGAAGCCACUGGCAGACAAGGAUGUUAGUGAAAGUGGCUCCUGUGAUAUCAGUAUUGUGCAUUUUGUGGGGAAACUGAGCGGUUUUUUUAUACUCAUAUAUAAUCGAUACCUUUUAUUUAUUGGUUGUUAACUAUUGCUGCUACCUUGUGUGUCUGAAACUCCCAGACGCUGGGCCUCCGUUUACAUGUGCACACCCUCACCCACCUGCCCACCUCACUUGGGAGGAUGGUGGCCUGCAGCGGCCAAGAAGCCAAAAAUCUUUUUCUCUUUUUUUUUCAUAUACUAUGCUCCAUUUUUGGAGAGGGGAAGGUGGGCAUUCCUAAAUGGCUAACGUAUUGUUCCCCAGCUUCUGCCCUGGAAACCCCACUGCUCCAUUCUGCUCUCCUUGGAACCGUAACACUUUUUUCAAGAACAAACUUGAGGGUUUUUUGUUUGUUUGUUUUGUUUUUAAUUUUGCUACUUUUGCUUUGAUGGUCACAACAGAGAGAAAAUGGAGCCUUGUUCUGGGUGUGAGGACUGGGGAAGGUUUGGGGCACGCAGUAGAGAGAGUACAAAGUGGGCUUCUCUGCACACUGCUGGCCUCUGACUCCUUGAUGCUAGGGGGCUGGGUGUAGCAUAUGAAUUCCCCUGCUCUCCUGCUCGCCUGCCUCUCUCUGCCUUUUGCAGCAGGCUUCUUCCCUAUUCAGGAGUCUGAGAAAGAAAGGGUAGGAGGACAGGACGACCAGGCCAUGCUGCUGAGGAGGCCAUGCCAGAGAAUAUGGCUCCAUAUUUGUCACCAGGAGCAGCAGGCAACCAUGGACUAGAAGCAAGGAACCCAAGGCUGGGCUUCUUUGGGACUUUAUAGUUUUUCCCUUCUUGGUCAGCAAGGCUGUGAGGCCUGGUGGCUGGUCUUGUGGAAAUUGUAUGAUUCUCAGCCCAGAGCUAGGGUUCCUGUGUUUGUGACGCUGUUCUAUGGCUAUGUUUUCUAGACUCUGGAGAGCACAGGAUCGUAUAAAUGACAGUACAACCCCCGUAUAGUCUCUGGGCACAGCCUCGGCUGCUGGCGUGUAUGGUCUGGCCUAAAGGCUGACUGUGUCUGAUGACACUCCCUUUAGCCCCUCUUUAGGAUUCUUUCCAGCUCCUUUGAGCUCAUCCUCACCCUGGGGAGAUUUCCCUGGGGAGGCUCUCAGCUGCAAAGGCAGACCUGAGCCCACAGUUCUUGCUUCUAGUUUGUGUAGCCUUACUGCCUACCAUUGAGAGGGGGGAGGUUGCCCCCGGGUUUUUCUUCUGCUCUGAUUCUCCUGUAAUCUACACCAUACUUCUGGGAGGCCGAAAUCUUCCUUGCUAAUGUUCUGUGGGUAAGCAGCUGGAGGGUUGAUGUCCCCCACCAAGAGGUGACUUUGCCUUGCCUGACCAUCCCUGUGGGUGGGAAUGCUUAGCCAGUCCGUGUACGCACUCUCUUCAUGGGUAGACAGACCCUUUGCUCAUUGCCAGCCCACCAGAUCUCACAGGGCUCCAGUUACACAGGCAGUUUUCUUUGAGGCCUCUUUGGGUUAUCUUCCUGAUUGGUCCCUGACAGAGUCUCUAGGACAGAGAGUAGAUGUGGUGACAUAGGUUGAGAGGAUGAGAGUGGACCUCUCUCUGAUCUCUGGGGCCUCGGUUGUCCUCUCUGUCAGUGACAUGUUUGGUGACAUCAAGACCCAAUGGAUUCCUAGCUGAGGACUGUCAAGGGUUAAGCAUGGGGCCCUCAGCUAAGGUGUUCACUGAGGUCUAUGGAUCCAGGCUUCCUCUCAGCAUCUCAGCUUUUUGGUUUGUAGCCUCCAGUGUGACAUUUUGGUCUUCACAGUUUAUGUCCUUGGGCCCAAGCCUUGGACAUUGAGACAGCCCUGGGCUGCCUUUUCUUGGCAGUGUGUCGAACACUAUUUUUUGUUCAAGGAUGCGUGCUGACUAACGCCUGUCUCUCUUUCACCAGCAGUUAGCUGAGGCACACAGCAUGCCCAGAAUCUGAGGCCAAGCCUCUUCGGCGCAGCCCGAGGGCCUCUCAAGUUCAUUUCCACAGAGGCCCCACCUCAUCUGAUGCUGCUUUCUUUAGGGGUGUGGUCCAGCCGAUGAGGCCAGGCCUGGUCCCUCGGCAGACCCUCCUUUCUAGGGCCAGGAAUGCUGUGACCCCCUCUUCCCAGCAUCGGCUGCCCACUUUGUGUGGAUGGUGACUUAGGAGUGUAUCACGACUUUUCAGUAUCUAGCCAGGUUUAAAGUAACAGGCAAAUGUAUGCAGCAUUGACAUCUCUUUCUUUAAAUGCUCUACAGUUUGAUAGUUGAUUUCCUAGGAAGGUGCGUUUGCACUUUGGGGGACAUUGUCUCUUCUAGGGGAUGAUGGAGUGUGUGGUGCCUGGGAUUUCUGGCAUCUCUCCUGAGAAAGCCCCCACUGCUGACCAAGCAGAAAACCUCCAAGAUUCUUCCCAGUGUUUCUGCAUUUACAUGAUCCAAGGAUGGAUGGGGAUGCCCCCUGGUGGUGAUGAGCCACAGAGGCACCUGGGGAUGCAGUGGUCCAGCCAGUGGUGAGGCUAGUGUGGGAAGGCCGAAGUGGGGGCUGUGGUUUCAGAGGUCCUGGGCCCCCAGCCCCAUAUAUCUGGCAGCAUGUCUCCCACCUACCCCUCUGCUAGGUCAUCUGGGACUGGCAAGGUAGUUGGCAUAAGGGCACGGUGGGAAGCUUUGCCCUCCCAACUUUAAUUUUUUUUAAAAAAAAAAUAUCUGCAGAAUAAAUCCAAUGGUUAAUUUUUGAAUGAAUAAAAGGCUUUUGUUGAAUAAA